GUUGUUGGAAGGGCUGCUGAAGCAGUCUUGAGGGGUGGCUACUUGGAGGAUGGGACAAAGGGGUAUGUGAUGGUGACAGGUCACAAAGGCCAGCAGAGGAUAAAUGCAGCGAUGUGAAGAGAAGUAGACAAAAGCCCUGUAGGGAGAUAUGUUGCCUUCACUCCCUCUCUUGGGGACUUGAUUUGUAGCUGGCAAAGAUGUCUGGAGUGAAGAGAACCCUAAGCAGCGAAUAUGCGCUACCUUACUACACAGCCCACAACUACCGCUCCGUGGGCUUGUUUAAUACCUCCAUGGGGGACCUGCAGCGACAACUGUACAAGGGAGGAGAGUAUGAGAUCUUCAAGUAUGCACCAAUGUUUGAGAGCGACUUUAUCCAGAUUAGCAAAAAGGGAGAAGUGAUUGAUGUACACAACCACGUCCGAAUGGUGACCGUGUGCAUCAUGUCCACCAGCCCCAUUCUCCUGCUACCUGAUGUCAUGUUGUUGGCCCGGCCAGCUAAAGUCUGUGAUGAACACACCAGAUGCAGCCUGCUCACCAAGAAAAGAAGUCAGAAGCCCAAGAGGACUCUAGAACUCACCAGGCUACUUCCCUUGAAGUUUGUCAAGCUCUCCAUCCAUGACCGUGAGAAACAGCAGCUGCGCCUGAAGCUUGCCACGGGCCGAACUUUCUAUCUGCAGCUAUGCCCCUCUUCAGAUACCCGAGCAGAUCUCUUCUGCUACUGGGAAAAGCUUGUUUAUCUCCUGAGGCCACCAGCUGGCAGCUGCAGCAGUACCCCCAUGGAUCAGACUGGGGAUGCAGCCACUCCCAAGGACAAGAGCCUACUGGGUUCAGACCUCCAUGGAGAAGGAGAUCAGGAUUCUAUGGUUCUGAAGCUUCAUGAGGUUCGUGGAGCCAGCUCUUCUGCUUAUGCUGGGGGAGAAGGAAUCCAGCAGGCUGCUGCAGGAUCAUCCAAAGGAGAAGUAGCAGGGACAAUGAGUGGUGUUGCAGUUCUGGGGGCAACUACCAGUCCUACAGCAGGUAUGGCAAUGGCAGGGACAGUGACGGGCCCCAAAGGUGGUGCUACGAACAUGGCAGCAGCCAAGUCCACAGGCUUAAGCCAGGUAACCACGGCCGUGGCAGGGACAGCCACCAAGGAUACAGCAGAAGGUGGAUCCAGCAAAGCCAUGGCCGCUGCUGCCAACAUAUCCUCAUCUGAUGUCAACGUGGUGCUGGUGGGCGCUGCCAACACCUCCUCAGCAGGCACCUCCACCAUGGUGGGGACUGCUGGGGUCACCCAGGACAAUAGUGUGAGUGUGGUUUUUGCAGGCGCCAUGACGACCAGGGCACCUGUGGCAGAAAAAGCUGAAGGGUCUGAGGUAGCACCCCUUGUAUCAACCUUGCAGAGCGAAGGCUACAUGUGUGAACGGGAUGGCAGCCAGAAAGUUCCCCAGGUCAAUGCUGAAGCCAGGAAGGAAAAAAGGGAAAGAAGAGAAAAGAAGAACAGAAAUGCCAGCAAGAAAACUUCACAUCACCACAGGACAGGUGAAAGUCACCACCACAGGGGAGAUGGGGACAAGAGCCAGAAAUCAUCCUCCCACUGGUCUGUGUCAGGCCAUGGGAACAAGAGAACGGAAAGAAAAGAAAAAGGGCAGAGCAAAGUAAGGGGCAGGGGCCACGGGUCCACUCACAAAAGCUCCAGCCACAGCUCCGCCAACAAGGAGUCCAGGACCUCUCACAAACUGGGGAAGAGACGAUCUGCAGCCAGUUCCUGCUCUUUAAGGAAGAAAUCCAGUAAAAUCAGCUCUUUUUUGAGGAACUUUAUAACUGUGCUGUGUUCAAAAACAGCCCUCAUAUCACGUGAAAGAGAAGGAGACGUCAUGGCGAAGAAAGUGGAGAAGUGCAACAGAGACGAAGAUGGAUAAAGGCCAAAGUGGCCAGGAGCUGGAGAUCAGUGGCACCAUGACAUCUGAAGCAAUGGAGACCAUCAUCUUUGAAGCCAAAUCCAUUUAAAUAGGAGCCAGAGCAGGAAGCUAUAACAACAACAAUGGAGAGCUGGGCUCAGGAAAGUAUCCCCAGUGAGACAAUUACAGUUUAAAUAAUAAAGGUAAUAUAACUCCAAAAGUGUGUGCUGUCUUCUGCUUGAAUAUCUCUGUCCCACAGGCUGGCAGUGACCUCACAGUGGCUUUUGUGAUGUUAAUGCUCCAGGCAAGGACAGCCUCACAUCCCCCAGACCCCAGAGAGCCAAAGUUGAGGAAAGAGCAUCAAGUCCUUUCUACCUUUGGUUCCCUAGGACUAUGGAGGUCACAGACUAUGGGCUGGACAUGUCACCACCAUCCUUUCCCCAUGUCUUCUUCCCUUCAUCAUGAAGGGGGAAAAGCUUUACUGAGAAACUACAACAAAUUCCAGAGUGCAUGGUUUUCAGCUUACCUCAUCACCCACUAGCACAGAACACUCAAUCACUACACAUUCCCUACCUCAGGAUGGAAGUGCAGUAACUAGCAUCUGGUCUGAGAGCUGCUAGGAAAAGAGGAAGGAAGGAAGGAAGGAGUGUCUGGGAAUACCAUCUUCUUACUCUUUCCCCCUCCUUCUUGGCCUGGGUUAGUAGAAUCCAACUUUCCCAGGAUGCAGAAUUCCUGAUUGGAUCUUGUGGAAGUUGGGGGCAAAGAAAUAGCAGCAAGAGCGUUUAAGAGCAAGAAUUCAACUGGGACUUUCAAGCCCCAGCCACCAGAAUCAAUCCUUCAAUUAUUGACAUGUCCUCAAUCCCAAGAUAUCAAGAGGCUGACAAGCAUAAAGUCAAUCCUAGGAAGUUCUUUCAGUCUUUCAUUAGGAAGGGUUGCUAGUGUGUAGAACUGGAUGGCUUAAAAAAAAA